UGAAUAGCCUGUUUCUCGAAUUGUGAGAUCGAGAGGGUUGAUAAAUUCCUCCUCAAUUUCGCAAAAUCCAACUUCACUUCCGUUAGUGGAUGUCAUUUUUGGUAGCAUGUUGACCCAGCGGUAGUCAUUAUUUCCAUUAUCAAGAAGUCGAGCCUUGUCCGUCAAAUAGAGCAAUGUGUCGCCUUCGUCAGUCCAAACUGGAAUUUCCAGUUGAAAUGCAAGAUCAUUCAAGUCAGUAGAUCCGAAGUUUUCUACCAAAUAAAUGUGCUCAAGUAGAGGCCCCACGUCGUUGCCAAGCGCGAUUUUCGUCGAAGAAGAGAGAUGUGGUGGCUCCUUCCGUUCAUCAACGAGGGCAGGUGGAGCGGCACCGGGAUUAAUCCGAAUUUGGGGCUUAUAGGCGACAUCGAAAAUCGAAAUUGCCACAUUUGUCUCCAGGGUGGGAUCUUCUAUAACAGAAGAUACGUUCGCCACGAUGCCUGGACUGGUAAAUUUGUCUAUUUCCUCUGAAUCCUCGCUUUUCUCAUCUUCAUACCUCGCUGGGGCCAAACCAGAAAGGAAAGUGUCCACAAUGAUGAACAGUUGCUGAUCUGGAUCAAUAGCCGUAUCCUGUUGGGAAGUAAUCAAAGCGGCGGCUCCGUUAUUGGGAAGAUUAAUUGACCAUCGACUAGUAGGUCGAUCACUUGUUGCCAAUAGAACACCGGUAGAGGCAUCCUUCAAUUGAACUUUAUUGAUUAGAACUCGAAUCCCAAGUUGUGUUUCAUUUUUCGGCCAUCCCAGUGUCUUGAGAAGUACCCGAAUACCUUCAGAUCUAGUAGGACCAUUGUUUCGGAGAACAAACAUUAGGGUCUGGUUGACAUCUUCUCGUCGUCCGAAUUGAACAGGUGUGUGGGAAUCGGCCCCACCAUUUAUGGAUAUUUGAAGAUUUGCGCUGCAUUUUGGGUGAGGGGGACAGAGAUAAGUAGGUGGCGGAAGUUUCCAGACACAAUCGGACCAAUCUAUCAGAGGUUGAGUGGAUUUUGGACAACUCUGAGUGUAUCCAGCGCACUGUGAGUCGGGAAGAACUGAUCGGAAUGCUACAUGGAGGGGGAUAGUGUCCAAUUCCAUGAACUGAGCAUCUUCUUGAGCCAACAGUUUAACAUUUGCGGAAACACUUCCACUACUGCUAACACGGAUAUCAGACAUCUCUUUCAAAGUGAAUCUAGGUUUAGCCGGAUCGAGUUUAAAGGAUUGUUUUAUAAAAAGCAGUUCGUUCAGGAAAUCGGUAGAGUUAGGGUAUUUGCUAAGGAAGUCAUAACGUUCUAGCCAUAGAAUGUCAGGGUUAACUUGAUAAGAUCGGGCCUUGAAGUUAGAAGGCGCUGGAAAUGAUUUUCCAUUGAUUGAAUCGAUGAAAUUGGCAGUGAAUCUAACUGUGAUAAUAUCGCCUUUCCGGAUUUGAUUGGCGGUGAUCCGAGGUUGGAAUCUGGAAGAACACCUUGCUCGAAGUCGAAGAGGAAGAGAGUAGAGAAGGAGGGGAACUUUGGGAUCAAAUGUUGUCACCGCUAA